AUGGAACAAGACCGUUCUCGUUACACUCGGUACAUCUCACAACAACGGCGGCCCUACGCCAUCCUUUCACCACUUUACAGCUUCCGCUACACCGGAAACACGGCAAGAAAAAUAACAUGCCGUAACUAUCACAAGCACCAUCUCCAUCUCCGUCGCAGCCUCCAGCAUUCUUUAUCGAUAUCCCACAAAUCAAACUUAUGCGGCGAAGGGCCUCCGUGUUUCACCGUCGGAGCUUCUUUAGGAUCUGUGACAGGAACAUUCACUGGAUUCUGGGGCAAAUAUCCCGUGCUCCGAUAUCUUUUUCUCCUUUGA